AUGGAAUUCCACGCCUUUAUUCUCUGCGGGAGUGGAAAGGGGUUGUCUCCCUUCUCCCAGAGCAGAACCACCGGGGUUUCAAAGGCCUUGCUACCCAUUGCAAACAAGCCCAUGGUCGAGUAUGUCCUCGAGUGGUGCGACAGAGCGUUCUUCCCUCAGGUCACGGUUGUCUGUGACGAAGCUUCGAAAGAGGGCUUGCAAGCAGCCGUAGAACAGUACCAAAGCAAAUUGCGACCCGCACACGGAGCCGGCGAAACAGCGCCAGCCUCAACAGGAACUGGAGCAGGAGCACCAGCGAGCGGCGCUUCAGCUGGCACCGCCCUCAGCUCCACUGGCUCCCACACAGGCACAUCUGUAGACGAGAGCCACGGCAACUCCUCUCCUCCUCCCAUCGAUAUCAUGGUGAUGGAUGCAAACUCCUCAGGUGAGGUGUUAUACAACUUAUACAAGAGGUACGGAACCCCCAGGAACGGGGUUUCCACCGAGCCUACGUCCUCCGCUUCGUCCACCACUGGUGCGAUCUCUGGCGGGCUGAACGAUUCCCUGGCAGACGCCGAGUCAAGAGCCAACUUCGUCCUCUUACCAUGUGAUUUCGUCACUGAUCUCCCUCCCCAGGUGCUCAUCGAGGCAUACAGGAACAAACCAAACAACGAUCUUGGGCUCUGGUUCAACUACCACAACCAUUUCGAGUCGUUCUCCGAUAAGAAAACGUUCGGCAAGACGUUUGGAUCGCAGAUCAACUACACCGUGUACCUGGAGCUUGAAGGUGGAGAACUCAGGCUCUUGGACCUUUUCUCCAAGGACGACAUCGACUUCCACAAGUCCUUGCAGUUGAGAACGCAAAUGAGCUGGAGACAUGCCAAUGCCACUGUAGCCACCAAGUUAUUGGACUCCUCCAUCUUCUUUGGAAACACCGAGAGAGUGUUCAAUGUAUUUGAUGAAGAAGAGAGCAGCAAGUUGUUCACAGAGUUCUAUUUCCGUCACAGGUCUGUCAACAGGGUCAUCCGAGACUUGGCCAGAAGAACGUGGAAGCACUCGGAAGAGAAGGAGUCGAUAGGGUUCCUGAUUUUGCCGAAGGAGGCUACUUUCUUUAGAUGCAAUAACAUCCCGGUCUACAUGGAAGCAAACAGGUACAUAAUGAAACAACAGCAGGCACAGUCCGCUCAGACACCAGUGCAGGUUGCUGCACAACCAUUACAGCAGUCGUCUUCACAAUCUGGCUCUAUAAACAAGCUCGCCGCAGUGGUGGGUGCAGACUCGCUUGUUGACCCAAGCUCUGUCCUAGGAGAAAGGACCAACGUGAAGCGCUCUGUCAUUGGCAAGUCUUGUACGAUCGGAAAGAGAGUCAAGCUCACUGGAUGCAUUCUUCUUAAUAACAUUACCGUCGAAGAUGACGUCCACUUGGAAAACUGUAUCAUUGGCCACAACGUGACCAUCCAAAGCAAAGUGAAAUUGACCCACUGUAACGUCGAGUCUACGCUCGAGGUCGCCAAGGGCACACAAGCCAAGGGAGAAGAUUUGUUGUGCUUGCUGUUGGAAGGAAUUGUUGAAGGGCACGGUGCUAACGCCAACGAGGAAGAUCUCGACUUCGACGAUGAAUAUGCCAUCGGGGAGUACAGCGACAGUGACAGUGACAGCGAGGACGAUAGCGAGAGCGAGGGAGAGUUGGAUGAACAUGGAGAUAAUUCAGAUGGCUUGUUUGCAUACUAG